AUGGGAGGAAUCCUUCUUCUUCUGGGCCUAUGUCUGGUCAUGGCUCUGGCAUCGUUCCUUGCUGGAGCGCUGCCAUUGUCCAUGUCACUUUCCCAGUCACAACUUCGACUCCUAUCAAGUGUUGGCGUAGGAAUACUGGUCGGCACUUCACUCAUUGUCAUCAUUCCCGAAGGAAUCGAAGCCGCGACCUCACCCGCAGAGGCCGCUCACAUACAUCGUGUGAGAACCCUGGUGCGCCGGAGCCCCUGGAGCCAUCCUCUCCCCACACGCGACCUUCCCGAAUCAAUCGUUACGAUCAGCACAGGCUCGAUUCAAAAGCGCGACAAGGAAUUGGAUGUUGAAGCGAUUGUUCGUCAAGUUGUGCAUUCAGCUGCUGGAAAUGCCCGAGUCAAACGCGUGGAUGUUCACGCAGAUGUCGAGGCCGCAGCUGAUGUUCCAGCGAUACCAACGGCCGACGAUGCCACAAAAGAUGUUGCUAAGGGCUCAGAUAAGACAGAGACCGGACAGGAAAGCGGGCACAGUCACGAGGAGAACCACGGAGCGGAACACGAUCACGAACAUGCGCAUGCGGUCCCUACGUUUGAGAUCGGCUUCUCCCUGAUGUUAGGGUUCUUGCUGAUGUUCCUUAUUGAUCGCCUGCCCCGUCAUGCAACUGAGAGCCUUCAUUCUGCGCCACAGACACGCCAUAUCAGCCUUGACAACCUCAACAGUGAUUCUGCUUCCGUUGAUGAGGAAGCAGAUGGGUUCUUGGGAUCCCUGACACCAACACCACGACGAGCGCGAAGUUUGGCAACGACCACGGGCCUGGUAAUACACGCCGCAGCCGACGGAAUCGCCAUGGGUGCUUCCUCAACCACCUCGGACAUGAAACUUGGCUUCAUCAUCUUUGCAGCCAUUAUGAUCCACAAAGCCCCUGCUGCCUUUGGCCUAACCUCUCUUCUCCUCAAGCAGGGCCUAUCAAAGCGAGCUGCCAGAGGGCAUCUCAUUGUCUUCAGUUUGGCUGCUCCUUUCGGGGCGAUUACAACAUGGUCCUUGAUCACUCUCCUGGGCGGUGGUAAGGUUGAGGGUGAUCACUGGUGGACGGGCAUGCUACUUCUUUUUUCUGGUGGUACAUUCUUAUAUGUCGCAAUGCAUGCCAUGCAAGAAGACAGCGGUUCCCACCAACACGAUCAUGGCCUCAAUGGCUAUGCAGAUAGUAGCGCUACGACUCAGCGAAAGACCAAGGGCCCGCAGAUGCGGGAUACCCUGGCCACUAUGGGCGGCAUGCUGGUGCCGCUUCUCACGCAGUUUGGCCAUCAUCAUUAA